CAAUUAGAGGUCAUGUGGUCACUCACUGCAGCGCUGAGGAAACAGGCCGUUUAACAACAAACAUCCCGAAGAUUUCACAUUUUUCUGCCUGUUUCCUGCCGGAGUCUGGUCGGGUCAUUCCGUGAUAUACCUUCAUUAAGACCAAGACCCGCCUCGGUGCUUCAGGCUCAUUUACAAGACUUUAUAAUCUCAUUUCCGCCGUUUUUUUUCCUUCUUGUUACAGUAACUGCAUGCAGACAGACACGCCUCUGAAGUUAAGGAGGUGUUAGCGCGGUGUAGCUUACAUUUCGACUGGAAUUCCUUAUUUUAUUGUUUUUUAUAAUAGAUUAAAUAAUGGCCUUUCAAGGAUACGGUGCUGCCCCUGGUGGUGUCGCGCAGCAGGAUCCUCUCUACGGAUAUUUUUCAGCUGUUGCUGGACAGGAUGGACAGAUCUCAGCAGACGAGCUGCAGAGCUGCCUCACACACUCCGGCAUCUCUGGCUCAUACAAACCCUUCAGCCUGGAGACCUGCAGACUGAUGAUCAGCAUGCUGGAUAGGGACAUGUCCAACAGCUUGGGCUUCGCUGAGUUCAAGGAUCUGUGGCAGGUUCUGAAUGGCUGGAAGAUGACCUUUGCAUCCUAUGACCGGGACCGCAGUGGGACGGUGGAGGGCCAAGAGCUGCAGCAUGCUGUCGCCUCCAUGGCAGGUUAUAAUCUGAGCCCUCAGGCCAUGAACAUCAUCAUGAAGCGCUUCAGUUCACAUGGCAGAAUCACCUUUGAUGACUUUGUGAGCUGUUGCGUAAAACUCCGGGCGCUGACCGCUCAGUUCCAAAGAAGAGACACAACCCGAACUGGCAAUGCCUCAUUUCAGUAUGAUGAUUUUAUCCAGGUCACCAUGGCCAUAUGAAGAGGAAGACACACCAGUUUUUUAAUAUCUUAUAUUAACACCAUGUACUUUCACUGUUUAUUUUUUAUUUGUAAUCAUCGUUGUACAAGCACACUUACAAUGUUGCUUUUACAUUCCAUUUUACAUUGAACUGAAUACUAAUACAUAAUACUACAAACUAAUAAGAAUAUAGUAACCUCAGGCUGCACCAAUGAACCACUAUGUGCCCAUGUUAGCCCAUAGCGUAUAUGAGUGUAAACAUGUUUUAAAAUGAAUAAAUAAAUAUGUAAUGUCACAAAGUGAUGAUUGGCACAUAUUGACUCCCUUUGAGAAUAGCUGUCUUGUAGCGUGUUUGUUGGUUUUGUAUUGUUGAACUCUUUGUAGACUUUCAUUGUCUAUUGCUUUCAUUCCUGUUGUGCUAAAUACAAACUUAACACAUCACAUCUUA